AUCCAGGAGCAAAUAAUGAGAUUGCAGGACCGUGCUAGAGUUUCAGAACUCUUUUAACUACCAAAGCAAACCCAGAAGCAAAAAAUUUGAGAUUGUCAACUGGAAAUAUCUCCCAUGGCUCGCGUGGCCUCAAACCCUCUUACUCUUCCUAGAUUUCGGCCUUCCUUUCUGGUUUCAGAGUCUAUUCAGCUCUACAAAUCUCCAUUCCUUUCUCAGAGUAGAAUUCGCAAGUUUCAAACCAUCGCUUGUCAAACAAAUCCAACUCCCACUGAAACAGAGCCAUCCAACAAGGAGAAGGUACUUGUUGAGCCUGAUUCAGUCAAAGAUAGCACUAGCCAAGCUACAACUUCGUCUGUCGGUGGUGGAUUUUCUGAAUUUCCAAACAAAAAUAUGAAUAGGAGAAUAGCAGUAGGUUCUACCCUUGCAGCAGUGGGGCUUUUCUUGUCGUCACGAUUAGAUUUUGGUGUUUCUUUGAAGGACUUAUCUGCUGCAGCAAUGCCUUAUGAAGAGGCUCUUUCAAAUGGAAAGCCAACUGUUAUUGAGUUCUAUGCAGAUUGGUGUGAAGUAUGCCGGGAAUUAGCUCCAGAUAUUUAUAAAGUAGAGCAGGAAUACAGGGAUCGUGUGAAUUUUGUUAUGUUGAAUGUUGACAACACAAAGUGGGAGCAGGAACUUGAUGAGUUUGGUGUUGAGGGUAUUCCACACUUUGCAUUCCUGGACAAAGAUGGGAAUGAGGAAGGCAAUGUUGUCGGCAGGCUUCCAAGAAAGUACUUCGUUGAGAAUGUGGAUGCUCUUGCCCGUGGUGAGGCAUCAGUUCCUCAUGCUCGUGUAGUGGGACAGUAUUCAAGUGCUGAAUCCAGGAAGGUGCACCAGGUUGUUGAUCCCAGAAGUCAUGUCUAGAUGUUACCUUCCCAUGAGAAGUGACCUGUUAAUUUCUCAGUAGAAAUACACAUACAAGGCUCGUAUUCUAUUCUAUUUGGAUCUUUAUUGCUGUGACAUUUAAGGGCCAGUGGCUAUGCGUUUCUUAAUUAUAGAAUUCAGUCCAGGAAAUUUAUUUGUCCUGUAACUGGUUUGUUUCUGAAAUCAUUAAAUAGUACAUCAUGGUAUGCAUUCUAAACAGGGGAGUUGUUCUUCCUACUUUUGUUCUUUUAAGUCAGAGGCUUUGGCAUUCUGCAGAAGAAGUCGGUUAUUGCCAUGAUUCUAGCUAGCAACUUCAAGUCAAUGUUCAGGUUCAAAGGUGUAAAACUUUACAUCAAUUUGUUUUCAGUAAUUUUAAGAUGUUAUUACAUACUUUGAUUUGAGGAAUUCUGAACAUAGUGCGAACUUGCUAA